AUGCUCCAUUCUACAUUGGCCUUGUCCCUCCUGCUAAUUGCAGUCACUUCCAACCUUGCAAUGGCAAUUAAAAAGGAAAAACGAGCACCUCAGACACUAUCAAGAGGGUGGGGAGAUGAAAUUACAUGGGUACAAACUUAUGAAGAAGGGCUUUAUCAAGCAAAGAAAAGUAACAAGCCACUGAUGGUAAUUCAUCAUUUGGAAGACUGUCAAUACUGCCAAGCACUGAAGAAAGCCUUUGCAGAAAAUGAAGAAAUACAGGAAAUGGCCCAAAAUAACUUCAUCAUGCUGAAUCUCAUGCAUGAAACCACAGACAAAAACCUGUCACCUGAUGGACAAUACGUGCCUCGAAUCAUGUUUGUAGACCCAUCUCUCACAGUAAGAGCUGAUAUCACAGGAAGAUACUCCAACCGGCUUUACACGUAUGAGCCACAGGACAUGACAUUCUUAAUAGAGAAUAUGAAGAAAGCACUACGCCUCAUUCAGACAGAACUGUAA